AUGCAGCGCUUCCUAUGGAGGGGAGAUCGACGCGCCGGCCCGCCUACCGAGUAUCGCAUGAAGAGCUUUAUAUUCGGUGCGACUUCAUCACCGUGUUCGGCUAUUUACGUGAAAAAUAGCAACGCCGAGCGCUACAAGGACAUCUACCCGGAGGCAGCCGAGGCCGUGGUGAGAAAUCACUACGUGGACGACUACCUGGCGAGCUACGAAACAGAAGAAGAGGCGGUGCGCAUCUCCACUGAAGUCAACAAGAUACAUCACUUCGCGAACUACGACCUGCAGAAGUGGACGUCGAACAGCCGCAUCGUGCUCGCUCAGCUGUCGUCAUCUGAAGCUGAAGACCCUAGACUGCUGCAACUGGACCCGGGGAAGCUGCUGGGCAUGGUGUGGCACCCGGAGGACGACACACUCUCCUUCAACUUGAACAAACAUCGCAUCCCCGAGGCAAUACUGAGCGGCGAGCGCACACCUACGAAGAGAGAAGCGCUGCGGACAGUCAUGUCGAUCUACGACCCGCUCGGACUCGCCACGCCGGUCACCGUGCAAGCGAAGCGCAUCCUGCAGGACGUCUGGCGCUCCGGCAUCGACUGGGACGCGCAACUCGAAGACAACGAAGCACGAGCAUGGAGGAGCUGGAUCGAGCACGCGCAACAGCUGCCGCGCCUCGCCGUGCCGCGCUGCUACGCCUCAUACAGUGGCGCGGCCACCCGCGAGCUCCACGUCUUCGUCGACGCAAGUUCGUCUGCAUAUGCUGCUGUCGUCUACUGGAGGGUCAUCGAUCAAGAGGGAAACACACACCUGUCACUCGUCAGCGGAAAAGCAAGAGUCGCACAGCUCAACAAGGUGGUCUCCAUCCCGCGACUCGAACUGCAAGCGGCCGUGCUGGGAUGCCGCCUCGCACAAGCCGCCAUAGAAGAACACGACUUGAAGCCGAGUCGUCGAGUGUACUGGUCGGACUCAAGAACAGUACUCACGUGGCUACGAAAUGGCCCACGUACCUACAAGCCGUUCGUAGCACACCGCGUAGCCGAGAUAAGCGACACUACGAAAACAAAGGAGUGGCGCUGGGUACCUACAAAGGAGAACACAGCCGACGACGCGACACGCGACACGCCCCCGGACUUCAACUCAAGUCACCGGUGGUACCGCGGCCCCGCCUUCCUAUACCUACCGGAGGAGCACUGGCCGCGAGAAGAGAAGAUCAUCGAAGAAGACACGGGGGAAGAGCGAACACUCGUCACUGUCGCCGCCACACGCUUGUCUGAGGCCCUGCCAGACAUAACUCGCUUCAGUAACUUCAUGCGAGUUAUUCGAGCGACGGCACGGGUACUACAAUUCAUCGAACUACUACGUGCGAAGAAACAAACAGUGCUGCAUAAGCGCACUAAGAAGAAUGAAGAGGCCGACCCUGCGUGGACAAGUACUACGCCGAGAACAGCUACGCGGGCCGCUACGCCCGCCGUGAAGACAGCUGUGCGGAAGUACCUACUUCUCAGCGCUCGGCACAUGCACUGCGCGCGUCAACUGUGGCUACGCUCGCAACAACAAGAAAACUUCGCUGAAGAAAUAGCUGCGCUACAGAAAAGCGUCGCUAUACCUACUACGAGUCGACUGCACAACUUAUCAGUCAUACUCGACGAAGAGAAGAUCAUCAGACUACGUUCAAGAAUAGCGACUGCCGCCGACAUCACCCCAUCGCAACGUGAACCGGCAGUACUCGACGGCAAUCAUCGGUGGACCCGACUGUACAUCACUUGGGUACACAAACAGCUUCACCACGGCGGGUUCGAGACAACUGCGAAUGAAGUCCGGCAACACUACUGGGUGCUGAGACUACGACACGCCGUGCGCAGCGAAGUGAAGCAAUGCCUGGCCUGCCGCAUACGGAAGGCCACACCUGCGCAGCCGUCGACGGGCAACCAUCCAUAUACACGGCUCGCGCAUCAUCAAAGGCCGUUCACCUACACCGGACUCGACUACUUUGGCCCUCUCAUGGUCACUGUGGGUCGUACGAAGCAGAAGAGGUACGGGGUGCUGUUCACGUGCCUCACCACUCGAGCAGUACACCUCGAGGUCGCCGGCAGCCUGAGCACGGACUCGGCUAUCAUGGCGCUGCGACGGUUCAUCGCGCGGCGCAACUGUCCUUCCGAACUUCACUCCGACAACGGGACCAACCUGCGGGGCGCCGACGUCGAGUUGAAGAAAGCAGCGCUGGCAGCCAUGGAGGAGGAGGCGUCGGUGCGCUUCAUCCAGUGGCGGUACAUCCCUCCGAGCGCGCCAUUCAUGGGCGGCGCGUGGGAACGGCUGGUGCGGAGCGUCAAGAACGCGCUGCAAGUCACACUGCACGAACGCGCGCCGAAAGAAGAGGUCCUCGCUACACUACUGGUCGAGGCGGAGCACACCAUCAACAGUCGGCCACUCACCCACGUGUCGACCUCUGCAGACGACGAGGAAGCCCUCACGCCGAACCACUUCCUGCUGGGCGCGCCGUCACGAGUGCCGCUGCCGGGAGCCUUCACCGAGGACGACGAGGCCGGCCGCAAGGACUGGAGGAAGAGUCAACGCCUGGCAGACAUGUUCUGGGCGCGCUGGGUACGAGAAUACCUACCGGAGCUGCAACACCGGCGGGAGCCCCGAGCCACCAACGGGGCCAUCAAGAAAGACGACCUCGUGCUCAUCGCGGACGGGACUCUACCACGGAACUGCUGGCCCCACGGAGUCGUCGUGUCUACCUACCCCGGUCCAGACGGCGAGGUGCGAGCAGUCGACGUGCGCACCAACAGAGGGGUACUCCGGCGGCCUACGAAGAAAUUGGUCAUCCUGCCAGUCAACACUUGA